AUGAAAAUUAUUGAACAAGAAGAUAUGUUAGAAGAAGAACUUGUUGUAAUCCAUUUGGAUACUUCCAUUUUCAGUCCACUCCUCAAAUCAACAACAGACAACCAAUCCAAAUUAUUAAAGCACUGGUGUAUGGAGGCAGAUCUAUUCAAAUAUUCCAUCAUUACACCUCUGGAAUAUUGUAUUGAACAACCAAACCUUAAUGGACAGUAUUGCAAAAUUAGUAAAGCUCCCUAUGUAUACUCUAAGAAACUACCAUUGGAAGAGGAGGGAUCGAAAUGGAUAUGGGGUAUGGAUUCGAUAUUUGUACCAGAUUAUGUUGGUUCAAAACAUGGCUCCUUAUUGAGUGUUAAACAAUCAACAAAUAACGAUGAAAUAAUUUGUGAAAAAGAAACUGAAAGAUCAGAUGCAACUAUUCCAGUUGUUGUAGAGAUGAGAAACAAUAGAGAGUUUAUGAUGGAGAGUGUACAGAAAAAUGGUUUAUUACUUUAUUAUGCUCAUCCUGAUUUACUUUUUGAUCAAGAAUUAUUAUUGGAAGCCAUAAGAAAUAAUGUAUCUGCUUUCCAAUAUGUUCCAUAUAAUCUCAGAAGAGAUGAACAAUUCUUAAAAAGAGCUAUUGAAAAAUGUGGAGAUGUGUUUUUAUACCUUACUGGAGAGUGGAGAAAGAGAAAUGAUUUAUACGAAAUAUCUUUGAGAACAUGUGAAAACAAGCUAAAACUAUUCGAAAGAUUGGAUCCUUCAAUUAGAAUGAAUUAUGCACCCAGUAUGGUAUCAAACUAUUGGAGAGCAAUCUAUUUCCUCAACCCUUCAGACUCUCGAUACUCUCAACUAAUCCAGAUUAUUCUCAAUUCGAAUCAAGUUUCUGACUCUGAAUUAAUCAAUUCAAAUUUAAUAACCAACAGGAAAGAUUUAUGGAAAUAUCUCGAUAUUUCUUAUAGGGCACUUAUCUUGGCUAAAAGAGAGUGCAUUGAUAAUGAAGCAAUCAUUAAGGCAUUGAGAAGUAAUAUGAUCAUUUCCAACUAUCUAUCGUAUUACCAAUGGAAUGCAAUCAAGGAAAAUCAUUCUCUUAUAAUGGAAAUAAUUCAAAAUCCAAUAGAAUUAACAAUUGAAGCUGCAACAUUUAUUAUUAAAAAUUCUAAUCGGGAUAAUGUCAGAGCACUCGUAAAAAGAUAUCCUUUUCUAGCAGAAAAGGUUACUGAGGUGAAAAUGAUGUUUGAUCCUUAUAUUCUUAGAUAUUUGCCGUCAAACAAACAAUAUGAAACUAUUCGAAAGUGUGCCAAACUAAUAAUGGAUGAAAAAGAGUAUUUCGAAACAGUAGGAUAUUAUUUCCAAGGAAGCAGUGCCCUCGCCUGGAUUUUAAGAGAAAGAUUUACCAUAUCACAUCCUGGCUUGGUCAUUCCUUACCAUAGAUUUGGAAAAAAACUCGACUGUCAACCAAUUUGUUGGGAUUUUGAGUUGUGGUAUGAGAGUAUCAACUAA